GCGUCGCGACGUCAGUGAGGUGGCGCGUCUACCGAAGGUUGUGUGUUGGAGACCAUCGCAACUGGGGAGACCUUUUGCGUAAAUCUUGUUUGUUAAGUUGGCUACUAUACUACGAGUACUAUACUGAUAGAAUAUUUUACCGAAUUGUUCGCUUCGAUCAAGGUUGAGGCAGAUUUCUCUAUUUCACAGUAUAUUGUGCUGGACACAACAAACCCAAUCACGUCAGCGAAGGUUGGACAUGAACGCUAGAUCUGUCAAAUAUUGCAGACUUGGAAUAUAAACAGUAUUAAAAACUGUGUAAAACGCAACAAAAAUGUAAUACCCGCAGUUGAAAAUGCUUUAUGCAAGCGUCGUUUUGUGUUUUUGUCACAUCAUAAUAACUUCGUCAAACCAAGAUGUAGAGUCCAUGGGUGAGGAAGAUGGGUUGUUGGACGAUGCCCUGGACUUGCCCUUCACUUCCGAGCACCUACCGGUGUUCCUGGAGGAGCCGGUGGACACCUACGCCAUGAAGAACAAGCCAGCCGUUCUCUACUGCAGGUCUGCACACGCGCUGCAAGUGUUCUUCAAGUGUAGUGGAGAAGCAUACCACAGACUUCUCCCCCAGCAAGUUUUUGUGGACCCUGAGACAGGAGUAAGAGUUGUAGAGACUGCCAUCAAUAUCACUAGGAACAUGGUGGAAGAAUACUUUGGCAAGGACAGGUUCCAGUGUCAGUGUGUGGCCUGGUCCUCUCGUGGUGAAAUAGAGAGUCAGCCAGCAACUGUUGAGAAUGCUUACCUGCAGAGACAAUUCCUGACAGUGCCACAUCCUGAGAAGGUGGAAGUGGACCAUCAGGUGGAGAUGCAGUGUCUCCCACCCUCUGGUCUGCCCUCGCCUACUGUUCGCUGGCUGAGGAACGGAGUUCCUGUUGAGCCCGAUGCCAACGUCAUCAUAUCCAGCGAGGGCCACCUGCUCAUCGGUCAAGCCAGGGUCAGCGACUCUGCCAACUACACCUGUGUGGCUGAGAAUGUUGCAGCAAAGAGAGUCACCAAGCCAGUUCUUCUGCUAGUCUAUGCCAAUGGAGGUUGGUCUCCUUGGACAGAGUGGUCAGACUGUCCCCAACACAGCUGUGAUGUUCAGCAGAGUCGCUACCGACUGUGUAACAAACCUUCACCUCAUCAUGGACUGCCUUGUCCUGGUGCUUCCGUUGAGACUAGGGAGUGUAUGGACCCUGACCUCUGUUUAGUGGUUGAUGGACAGUGGUCACCUUGGUCCGAGUGGUCUGUCUGUGACAUAGAAUGUAAACAGUACCGAGCCCGUAACUGCUCCCAGCCUGCACCAUCUCACAAUGGUAAACCUUGUCCAGGGGAGGGAGUUCAAGUCUUGUCCUGCUUCUCUGGCCAGUGUAAAGCCACCAAAAACAAGAUGCCUGCUGAUCUGGCGAUGUACACAGGGUUUGUAGUAGCAGUCUGUGUAUUUACAUGUGUCCUACUGGUCAUUGUCUUUAUCAUGUACUACAGGAGGCAACAGUGCACGGUCCAUACAGCUGUUGUCUCAGACUACUACGGAGGAGAAGAGAAAUCAGAGACACAACCAGAUGUGACCAAGACAGUGUUAUAUAUGUACUCUGACAUAGACGGAGGCAGGCACAAGCAGUACAUGUUGCCCCACAGUGACAGCCUCCAUCACUACGAUGUUCCCCAGCUGAGCCCCCAGUCCUCCUCUCACUGGAUAGUUGGGAAUAGGCUUGAAGAUUUUGAAAUUUUAAAAUCGUCUCAAGAAUGCUCCCUAAUGUCGACUUUUGACCAGAAGCACGGACUCUAAUUUCAACAUUUUUCCAGCAAGUGAGAAUAACUACUUAAUUUUCUAACAGUGUGGGGAUCUAGGCUUUUGUUGUGAAGGCCUACAAUGCACUGAUGCCACCUUCGAACAAGACACCAAAGACUAUGUGUUUGAAAGAUUCUUCUGUGGAAAUGCCUCCAAGAGCUACAACGAAAAUUUGAAAGGUCUUAGAGAAUUAAUAUUAAAAUUCCAGAGAGAUGGAUUUAUUUGAGACUAUUGUUAAUCCUGGAACUGGAAGUUGAAAUUUCCUUAAAUGAUAAGUGCUUUUGGCCUGUUUUGCAAGUUUAUUUAAAAAAAUGAGUAAACAAUAAUUAUACACCACAAAAUAGGUAGCAUUACAUAUAAAUUUUUAUAUUUAUUUGUAAUCUUAUGUUUUUUACAAAAUAUAACUUUAGUAACCAAUAUAUUAACAGAAAAGCUUUAAUUUUUAAUAAAGAUUUCAAAAUAGCAGUUCCCUUCCACAUUUAUUAUUGAAACAAUAUAUAUAUAUAUAUAUAUAUAUAUAUAUAUAUAUAUAUAUAUAUAUAUUUAUAUGAGUAGUUUGUAUAGUUUAUUUUGCUAAAUCAAUCUUUUUGCAGUAAAAACUGAAACGCUGACAAAAUUAUGAUAACUAUGAAUUUGCAAAUAACAAGUAAACAUUUAUCUGAAUUGAGCACUACGCGAUACAAGUAUGACAUAUAGUAGUUCUUCUUAGCUGUUUAAAGAAAAAAUAAUUAUUAAAAACUUAAAUUUAUUAAACAUUUUUAGCUACGGUUAGAAGCACUUGAAAAAAGAUGUUUUAAUUAUCUAAAAAAAGAUUUUUGCCAGUUCCAGGGUUAAUAGGUAAUGAAUUUUUAUCUAAAAGUGCUUUACUGGACCUAAUUUUGCUCUUGAACAUUUGAUGAUAUUUUUUCAUUUACAGAUUGCAUAAAUGUAAUACUUAUAUUUUUUAUUCUGCUACAGCUUAUACAUUUUUCAAUGUUUUAGCAUAUAGAUCAUCUUAGUUUUUCAUAUGAACUAACAGUAGAGAAAAAUGUAAUUCAGUACUUUCACGUUCAAAACCAUUAAAAUUGUCAACAGUAGUUCCUAAUGUAUUUUGCAGCAUUGAAAAUGUAUAACAAUAUACUUUUGUACAUAUUAUAUUCAUUAGUUUUAAUGUAUAUUUUAAUUUUUUAAGUGAUUUGUGAGAUGUAAAAAAUAUGUUUUUAUGAAAUGUUUAUGUAGAUAAAUCUAUUGCUUUUGCAUUAAUUUCCUACAUGAUUUUACAAAUAUGAAUAAUUUAUAAACAAUUUGUUGACAUUUAAUUUUAGUAUUAUCUGAACAACAAGAUUUGUAUCAUGUGAUUCAUAUGUAAAACAGUAUAAAAUAAAAUUAACUGUAUUAAAAUAUUUAUUUAUUACCCA